GCGGGCGCUUCCGGGUUCGUGUCUGCGGCGAUGGCGGCCGGGACGGGCGCGGCCCCGGCGGGGGAGGCGGACGAGCUGUUCGACCUCCGCAACAACUUCUACAUCGGCGCCUUCCAGGCCGCCAUCAACGAGGCCCAGCGCGCCAAGCCCAGCAGCCCCCAGCAGGAGGCCGAGCGGGACGUGUUCCUGUUCCGAUCCUACAUCGCCCAGAGGAAGUUUGGGGUGGUUCUGGACGAGCUGCAGGGCAGCCCCAGCCCCGAGCUGCAGUCUGUCAGGAUGUUUGCUCAGUUCCUGGCCAGCGACAGCCAGAGCCAGAGGGACUCCAUCGUGGCAGAGCUGGACAAGAAGAUGGCCAAGAGCGUGGACGUGGCCAACAGCACCUUCCUGCUGAUGGCAGCGUCCAUCUACUGCCACCAGCAGGACCCCGACGCUGCCCUGAGGGCCCUGCACCAGGGGGACAGCCUGGAAUGCCUGGCCAUGAUGAUCCAGAUCCUGCUGAAGCUCGACAGGCUCGACCUGGCCAGGAAGGAGCUGAAGAAGAUGCAGGAGCAGGAUGAGGACGCCACCCUGACCCAGCUGGCCACAGCCUGGGUCAACCUGGCCCUGGGCGGGGAGAAGCUGCAGGACGCCUUCUACACCUUCCAGGAGCUGGCAGACAGGUACAGCCCCUCGCUGCUGCUGCUCAACGGGCAGGCGGCCGCCGCCAUGGCCCAGGGCCGCUGGGACGAGGCCGAGGGGCUGCUCCAGGAGGCCCUCGACAAGGACAGUGGGCACCCUGAGACGCUGCUGAACCUGGUGGUGCUGUCCCAGCACCUGGGCAAAGCCCCCGAGGUCACCAAUCGUUACCUGUCCCAGCUGAAGGAUGCUCACAAAAACCAUCCCUUCAUCCAGGAGUACCAGGCCAAGGAGAACGACUUUGACCGCCUGGCCCUGCAGUAUGCACCCAGUGCCUGAGCCUGGCACCCAAAAAAUCCCUUUGGGACCCAAAAAAUCCCUUUUGGAACCCAGAAAUCCCCUUUGGGACCCCAAAAAUCCCUUCUGGGUCCUGCUGGGAGGGUGGGGAGGGGAAAUUCCAGCAUCUCCAGGAUCCAUCCCAAAUUCUGCAUCAUCUCCUGCCCUUCUGACAAUUCCUUUGGGAUGAAAGCCCCUGGCGAGAGGGAAAACCCCAAAAUAAUAAAGAAAUGAAAAUAAUAAAAAUAAAAAUAAAUAAAAAUAAUUUUCUUGUAA